AUAAAAAAAAAUCCACCACAGUCGAGAGCAGCAAUCCAAGCAUUGAGAAAAAGAUAAAGUGCUCUUGCUUUGUCUGUCUAUUCCAACAAUCCUUUAAUUUGGCUUCUAUAUCCUUUGAAUCAACCUUUGCUAAGCCUAAAGAAGCUUUACUCUUCUCAGUUGGGAUUUGCAAGAUGGAGAGAACGAAUAACUUUUGGCAGUUGGGAGAUGAUCUUCGGGGACUAUCAAAAGUCGCAGAGGAUCACAAAUGGUUGAUGGCUGCAUCGAAACUGGCUGAACAGACGAGGACAAAGGGUGAACGCAUGAACAAUCUAGAUCUUUCCAAGGGUCAAGCUGAAAUGAGGACAAGGGAUAAAUUCGGGUUCCAGGAAGACAACAAGCUUGAGAACCUUAACUUUAAUGUGUUGAACUUGGACUCUAAGGUUGGGGAUAAUGUAAGCAAAAGUUCCUUCCAAAAUGGUAUGUACAAUAUGAAUGCUGUUUACCAGAAAAAUAACAGUAUUAGCCUUGGAAACCCGACUGGAAACAAAUAUAUGAGCAACAAUCAGAGCAACAACGAUGUCAACAAUAACAGCAGCACCAAGAAUAACAACAAUGGCAAUGAGAACAGUAAUGCAAACAACGCCGUUGACAAAAGAUUCAAGACUUUGCCUGCAACUGAGACACUCCCGAGAAAUGAGGUGCUUGGAGGGUACAUCUUUGUUUGUAACAAUGAUACGAUGCAGGAAGAUUUAAAGCGCCAGCUAUUUGGUUUACCACCAAGAUACAGGGACUCUGUUCGGGCAAUUACACCUGGCUUGCCUCUAUUUCUCUAUAACUACACUACUCAUCAAUUGCAUGGUAUUUUUGAGGCGGCAAGUUUUGGGGGUUCUAACAUUGAUCCGACUGCUUGGGAAGACAAAAAGUGUAAAGGCGAGUCAAGAUUUCCUGCUCAGGUGAGAAUCCGUAUUAGGAAACUCUGCAAAGCAUUGGAAGAGGAUGCUUUUCGGCCAGUCUUGCACCACUAUGAUGGUCCCAAGUUUCGUCUUGAGCUCUCGAUUCCUGAGACUUUGGACCUACUAGACCUCUGUGAACAAGCUGGCUCUCCAUAAGCAAAAAUGUUAGCUGAGUGCAAAUGUAGCAAGGGUUAUGCAAUUCAGCUGCCUGCUUCUCAAAGAUUUUUAAUGGAGCACAAGCUAUGGCUGUAAGUCCAGUUGGUGAAAUCAUCUUUGAAAAAAGUAGUAGGAAAUGACAUUUGCCAGCUGAAUAAAUGCAUUAGUAUCUUGUUAGCUUUGUAAAACCUUUUUACAUUAUUAUAUCUUAUGAGUUAAAACCCUAUAAAAUUAGACUUGCAAGAUGUGAAAGAGAAUGAUGACUGUAAUAUUAGAAGUCCUCAAGAAAUGAAGGUCAUUUGUGCUUUAUAACUA